AUGACAACAACACCAUUAUCUCCACUCGUAAUCACACUCUUCAUCCUCUUCUCUAUCUCACUCAGCUCCCACUGCUUCAAAAUCACGACUCAGCUCAUCCACCGCGACUCCUCCUUCUCUCCCCUCUACAACGCCACCGCGACCACCGCCGAUCGUGCUGCAAGGAUCAUCGAAGCUACCCUCGCCCGCUACGGUCACCUAAUCUCAUCUUACGACGACGACAGGCCUCUGGCUGUCGACAUCGUGGCCCCAGGGAUCUGGGGGAUCAAGUUCAACAUAUUCUACGUCAACUUCUCCAUCGGCGACCCGCCGGUGCCACAGCUGGCCCUGAUGGACACCGGCAGCGACUUGUUGUGGGUGAAAUGCCCGCCGUGCAGUCCUUGUUCCACCAGCUCUGGAGCCACCUAUUUUUACUCCUUCAAUUCCAAGACUUACUCUCUGUUCCCUUGCACCGAUGAUUGCGAAAGAUGCACAGAAGGGGGUUGGCCAUGGUCGCCAAAGCACUGCAAAUACAAAAUAGACUACGCGGGCGGCCACAGUUCCGAGGGAGUCUACGCCACCGAGCAACUGACCUUUCAAACCUCCAACAAUGGAUUCGUGACCACAAUCCCAAAAGCCUUCUUCGGGUGUUCUAGCAAGCAGAGCGUGCCGGAAGGUCUCGACCCGCACGUCAACGGGGUUCUAGGAUUGAUGGCCGGAGCCGGCGAUCCUGAUUUCCCCGAUGGCCAGUUCCCUUUGGUUACCCGAUUGGGUACCAGCUUCUCGUACUGCAUCGGCAGCCUGUCCGAUCGUUACUACCCUCACAACCACUUAUCCUUCGGCGAUGCCGUCGACCUGAUCGGGGGAUCGACUCCCUUGUACCUCGAAGACGGCAGGUACUUUGUUCACCUCUCCGGCAUCAGCUUGGGUGGCAAGAUGUUGGACAUCAAGAAGCAAGUGUUCGCGAAGAUGGCGUUGAGGAAGAAGAUUGAGAUGGACAGUGGGUCGGAGUUGUUUCUCCUGUACAUCGAAGCAUUCGAGGUUUUGAAGGCAGAGAUCGAGAGGCUGGCUUUCUGGGAGCUGAUGACACCGGUCUCAUCUCCGCUGAGACCUUUCGAGCUGUGUUACAGAGGAACUGUGGAGAAAGAGGCUCGAGGGUUUCCGGCGAUGGGGAUUCGCUUCGUCGGCGGGGUGGAGUUGGUUGUUGUUAGAAACAAAGUUUCUAACGGAUUUGAUAUUUGGGGAUUAGGGUUUAUACGAAUAGAAUUAGGGAUUGAGAUUGGGGAUUUGGGGAAGAAGAAGAAUAGAAUAGAGAAUCGGCCGAGGCCUUGGAGGGAUAGGAAUCGAGAAUUGAGAGGAUAG